AUGCUUCCUUUAUUAGUAUCGUUUGGUAUUUCAGUCUCCAAAUUCGUUGUAACGUAUGGAUACUCCGAACUUACGAUAUCAGAAGAAUCGCAACUCGAACUUGAGAAAGGACUUUAUCCUUUUUCAAAGUAUUAUGCGUUUUUUAUCAACAAUGAAGACUUUCAAGACUUAAAUAUGAUUUAUAGUGCAAAUUAUACAUUAUUUAGUCCUACAGUAAUUCCAAAAAACGGACCAACAGUUUUAAAAUUCAUAAUUUCAAAAUUAAAUGUUGAUAAUAUUGAUUCACUAUCAAUUGUAUACAAUGGAGGAGAUGUAUCAUACAAUACUUUCAAUUUUACAAAACCAAAACAAUAUGUUCUUUUCCUCAGUUCAACAGAAUUUAAUUAUCGGUUUGAAUAUAAAGAAGGCUACUUAAAUAGUCAAACUAGUCCAUACGAAGAUUUUACUGAAUCGCACAAAUAUUACGAGAAUGGCCAUAAAAGAUACCUUUUGAUAGAAGUAAAGAAAUAUUUUGGUGCUCAAACAACAAUCGUUAAUGUUAGAAUGGAAAAAGUGUAUCCGGAAAUUGAAACAACGGGAUUUUAUAGGCUAGAUUCAUGUAUACUAUCAAACAACGAUACAUUUCAGUUUUAUGAGCCAGACUCUAUCUUACUAACUGGACCAGGCAAAUAUGAAUUUUUAAUUGGUGAAGAAGAGAAGAAUAUUCCAUAUCUCACAAGUGAACAAAUAUUCCCUCACCAAUGUAAUGACAUACUAAUCAAAGUAAGAGAUAAUUGGAUUGAAUGGGAAAAUAUGAUAAGUACUUAUAAUUUAAAGGGAAUUAAAUCAAAGUCUGGAAAGAAAAUAGUAAGGUUUGAAAUUUAUUUUCUUGGAUUUGAAGAAAAACAGUUUGAUGUAAUUGUAAAUCCAAGAGAAAAUGAAGUAUUUAGAGGUGAGUACAAUAAUAAUGUGCUUAGACAUCCAGUGGUUUUGAUCACCUCUUGGUAUCCAAUGAAUUUCUCUCAACUAUGGAACUAUACGUCACUUGAUUGUGAACCAGAGAAUUAUGAGACAAAAAAUAAAUUAGAUAUGAAAGCAAAAUUCAUUGGUGUUACAAAACUAUGCAUUACAAUCAAAUAUUAUAACAAGAUUUCUCAAUUUGUAUUUUGUAAUUUCUCAAGAAGCGAAAAUUUCGAUUAUUCAAAUUUAGUUAACAAAGUUUUCCAUUUAGAUAAUAACAAAAUAUUUGUCGAUAAAUGGGAUGGUGAAGUAAUACUUUAUGAGUACUUCGAAUAUUCAACAGAUAAGGAUAUAUAUUUUAAUGCAGAGCAAUAUAAAAUUAUUAUAGUUAAGUCGAAAUGGGGAUUUCAAAAUGCUUGGUUCAUUUCCCUAAUUACGAUGAAUUCGUAUUUGAAAAUGGCUCGUCUCCAGAAAAAUUCUAUUUACUCGGGUGGGAUGAUCUAA